AUGAUGGCACAAAAACGGAUGGCCGACUUCUAUGAUACAUUCCGAGACUGUGUCCCGGAGAUCAAGCGCAUGAAAUUGGCGGUGGAGAUGCUCAAGCUUUGUGAGGAGGAUGUGGAGUUGUUUAAGGAGCUGUGAGUCUUUUACUUUGGAUUUUUUUUUGGAUUUUAGGUAACAGAUAAGGUUAAUCAAUAUUCUAGGCGAGGUUAUCGCCGCACUGGGGUCUUUUUUGUUACGUCAGUUAGAAGACGGACUAUUCAAACUCAUAUGUUUAUUAAAAUACGGUUUUCCUUGAUUACGUCAAUCUUUGUAAUUGAUCUUAUCCAUGGACCAGGCAACGAAUUUCUUUCAGACCUUCCCUUUUGCAACAAAGGUUCUUGAAGAGACGGGGCAAAAGGAUGAACCCAGUAGUUCUUGCAGCGCUGGUGGCCAAUUUUCCGAAAAUGGAGCGGUUUUGCAGGUACAAAAGUGGAAACGACCUCAUCUACGGUAAGCUGAUGUUACUCCUCCAUAUUUUUUGUAUUUUCAGACAAAAAGAUCGCUGCUUUUGGGGCCUACAAGAUCCUUUCGGUGAGUGCUUGCAAUUCGAACAAUUCUACCAGCAGUUUGUCCAUGAAUAUGGAAGCUGAGGCGUCUUUCAUUAGUCAUGUGUAAUAUAAUUUUCUCAGGUGCUCUCCCGCCGAAUCCGCAUUGCAUUGUUUGUGCAUUUACGUCUAUGUGACAUCUUUAUGAAUGAAUAUGACCAUAAGAGCAUCUGCUGUCGAAAGGGCGACACCGUUCUCUUCAACGCCCCGUCUGUCGAGUUUAUCCAUUUUUAUAUGCACUUCCCCUUCCAAGCCAAGAAUGUACAGUUGAAUUGUCAGUGCAAGCCGAGGAAUCGGGUCAGUAUUCCAAAUGAAGCGAGAUGUUUGGCAAGUAAGUGAACAUUGAUAAAUUUUAUAUUGUACUAGACAUUUUGAAUGACGAAAAACGUGGAGCGAUCCCCGCAUGUGAACUGUUGAGUCUUUUGGAGAACGUGGAGAGCGUGAAAGCCAGUCCUAAAUGCCUCAUGCAAGUGCAUCGUCGAUUGGAAUUGAGCAGAAUUCGUUUCGUUGAUCGUGCUCUAACAGCGUUGAAGUUCGAAGGAGACGUCUUGAAGAUUGUGAAUAACACAGGGGAAAACUUCAAAUUUCAUGUUUUGUUACAGUGAGUGAUCAAGGAUUUACGCCACUAUUACUCAUUUUUUUAUAUUACACAUGAAAUCUUGUCGUUUUUCAGGAAUAUCAAGCCCAGUGUAGAGCCCAAGACGAUAAACUUCAAAGUUGGCUCUAGCAACAGUCGAUACCCCACUGGUGGUUUGAUAAAACCGUUGAGGUCCCUGUUGAGCCGGCUGCAAGAAGUCAACCUUGUUUAUUGUGUAACAGUAAGUCAUUUUCUUUUCAUUGAUUUGGAAUUUAGGGCAAAAAAGCCGAAUCUGCAUUUGUUGCACUGUGCAAAGAAGGCAGGACCCUCGCCAAAACUCUCAGAGUCAACUUCCGACUUCGGUCUGUUCAAAACGGUGAUGUGGGCAGGCCCGAGAUCAAGGAUAAGAUCGUCGAUGUGAUGCGCAAAUUCAAUUCAAAUCUGGCUGCAAUCGACCACGAGACCAACUGUGGCUAUGGCUUCGACUGGGCCGACGGAAAUCUGAGUCUUCAUGUGUGCUCUGGCUACAAUCCGAGAUGCGCUUUGGAAAGGAAUGACGGCAAAAGAGAUGCUCCCGCGGAUCGUGCGCGCAUUUACAACAUCGUGGCUGAGGACCGCGAUGACAUGUAG